AUGUCAGACCCCGACAUUGAGAUGCCGUCGUACCCUGAGACCUCACCACCCACCGCUCAAACCAACUCAGAAACCCCUAGAACACCAAGGAAGUUUGACGACGAGACUGCCUCUCCCAGCAAGAGAUUUGGCAAACCUCUCAAACCAGCCCCCACUCGCUGUCACCGUCCACGAGCUGCUUCUUCAUCAUCCCUCCCCAACGGUGGCCGCUUCUCAACCCCAGCCCACUACCAACAAGUCGCUGACUUCGCUCCUCCAUGUCGAGUUGAGAAACGCCGCGCACCUGUCAGAGGUCAUCAGCGAGCAGAGAGCUUUGAACAGUAUAUAUCAUCCACCAGACGUCUUACGCGACGCAUUCCAAGCAACGAUGAAAUCACCGCAGUAGGCUCUGUCAACAGCUUACUUCCUCACCGAGGACAAAACCUUGCACCCACUUCUGGAAGCCUGCUGUGGGACUCGCCUCAGCUGCCUCGGCAUCAGGUUAUGGAGCAGCUGGAGCAUCGUGUUGAGGAUCUCCAGGUAGCAUCACAAGGAGAGUCUACUGGGCCGCGAUUUUCGGAACCUAGUGACGCUGUGGCAUGCUCAAUCCGCGUUAGACAGAUCAAUGCAUCAAGACGUGCACGCGAAGAUUCCGAAGAGGGUGCAUCGCCUGUUGUACCAGCCCGUCACGGGUCGGAUGAAUCGCACUAG